UAGUGAUGACACACCCCUAUUCAGCCCGUCUCUAGAUCUGAUAAACUCAAACAAUUCUCCUGCUUCAUUUCUGUGUGUAAUUUACACGCACUCGAGGUGUAUCGCUCCAAUGGGCGAGGAAAAGCCAGCUGACGAGAAGAAAGAGGAAGCUCCGCAGGCGGCGGCGGCGGAGAAGAAAGAGGAAGCUCCGAAGGCGGCGGAGGAUGGGAAGAAAGAGGCGGAGGCGCCGCCACCGCCUCAGGAAAUCGUUUUGAAGGUGUUCAUGCACUGUGAGGGCUGCGCGAGGAAAGUCCGCAGAUGUCUCAAAGGAUUUGAAGGAGUUGAGAAUGUUAUAACUGAUUGCAGAGCGAGUAAGGUGGUGGUGAAAGGCGAGAGAGCAGAUCCGAUGAAGGUUUUCAAGCGAGUGCAGCGGAAGAGCCACCGCCAUGUCGAGCUCAUUUCUCCGAUUCCGAAGCCUCCGACGCCGCCGGAGGAGCCGCAGAAGCCACCGGAGAAGGUGGAGGCCAAAGCUGAGGAGAAAAAAGAGGAGCCUUCUGUGAUUACUGUGGUGUUGGGGGUUUAUAUGCACUGCGAUGCUUGUGCGCAGGAAAUCAGAAAGCGCAUUCUCAGAAUGAAAGGAAUUGAAAGCGCAGAGCCGAAUCUGGCGAACUCACAGGUCACCGUGAAAGGAGUGAUGGAGCCGAAAGCCCUCGCCGAUUACGUCUACAAAAAAACCGGCAAGCACGCCGCGAUCGUGAAGGUCGAUCCAGAGAAGAAAGAGGAGAAGCCGAAGAAAGAGAAGAAAUCGGACGGAGAAAAAUCCGACGCUAAGAAACCGGAGGAGGACGGCAAGGAAAGCAAAUCCGGCGAGGCUGCUACGGCGGAGGAGGAGGAUCUGAAGAUGGAGCUGAAGAAGAACGAGAUGUUCUACAACUACUACCCGCAGCAGUUCUACCAGCAGCAUAGAUACGUGCACGAGCAGGAGCAGAUGAAUGCUCAAACGCAGAUGUUCAGCGACGAGAAUCCAAAUGCAUGUGUGGUCAUGUAAAUUUGGAGGAAGAUGAGGGGCAGAAUGGGAAGAGUGUUUUGAGGGGUAAGACUGACCUUUCGCUGUGGGUGUGCUCCCAUGUCUUGGAAGGUGUAUUCAGUAAUGCAUAGUAUAAAUCUACAGUAAGAUUUGUAGAUUUUUGCAAGAAUUUUGUACCUUGUUUUAAUUUAUAAUGUUUGUCGCUUAAUUGCUCUCAAUAAUACUGAGUAGUAUUUUAUUUUUAA